AUGUUCUCGCGCACAGUAGCACGAGGGGUACACACCGCGGCGCGUGUAUCCAAAACAAAGGCUCGCGCCUCUGGUACGGGCUUACUCGUCGGUGCGGUAGCGGCUGCCGGGGCGUGUGCUACCUAUGAACUCGUGGAGAGCGUGCACGGACAGAACGUAAUCCACAACGAAGCAGAGGGGCGCCCGAACGCGAAGAGUGCUCUUGAUAGUGCGGCUAUCAGCACUACACCAACCUUAGUUUCUCAACUUGACGACGACGGAGUUCUACGCUCACUCGGAUGGGGAACAAAUCGCUCGGGCGUGCUGUCUCCUGAUGCGCCGCAGAACGCAGAAGCUGGAUCGCCCUCACCGGUACGGUAUUUGGAUAACGUUGCCCUUCGGGACCUUGCACUACAUGCCCACCACGGUGCUGCCGUCGACGCACGAGGCGACUUGUAUCAAUGGGGCGCAGGCUCGCAUAACGAAAAGAAGCCUCUUCUGACUUUGCAGGGCAAGGACCUCAUCAAAGUUCAAGUCGCAGAGAACCGUGUUUUCGCACUCAGCAAGUCGGGGAAGGUCUAUGUCGUAUCGACAAAAAGAAACGCGACAGCAGGAACGGGCGGUGGAUGGUUCAGCAGUCCGAAGGACGGUGAUUUCGUUGAGUUGCAGCCGGCGCAAAAGUUGGGUUGGACAGAAAAAAUAACAGACAUCUCAGCGGGCACUGACCAUCUUCUUGCUACCACGUCUUCCGGGCGGACGUUUGCACACGCAGCCACCUUCAAGGCGAACGAGUACGGCCAGCUUGGCUUCCGCAAAUUCGACGUUCCUUCGCCUACGUCCUCCACCGACGCUCGCAUUCAUGCGGAGCUCACGCCACUUGCUGUCGCUGACCCUUACGCAAACUCGACUCGCGUGGCCCGCAUCAUCAGUCCCAAGCUUGAGCCAUUACUCGAGGGAUUGAUCAAGCCUGACUCUGCACCGCCGAUUCAAGAGCGCCAAGAACUCGACUUGCAACCCGUCAGCGAGAGCUUGCGGGGCAUCGAUGAUAGCAGCAUUCAUUGGUCUGACCGCUUGUUCGAGAUUCCAGCACUCAGGGGCGUGAAGGUACAGCAGGCGAUUGCCGGCGCGAAGAGCAGCUACGUUCUGACCAAUACGGGUCGCGUGUUGAGUUGGGGGUCCAAUGAGUUUGGCCAACUCGGUCUCCGUAAUGUCGUCUCUGGUAACACCGUGAGCGUACCGACGGAGGUAGUCUUUGGUUACGGCGCUCGCUGCACAAAUAUCCGCGCAGGUGGUGCUCUGGCAUUCUUCCAGACGAUAAAGAGCGACGCAUCAGGCAUUGGCAGCGUCGAGCUCUUCGCAUGCGGAAACGGCCGUUUCGGCUCGCUCGGGAACGGUAUAUUCACCUCGGCGCAGGGUUCACCUGUCCGCACUCGCGCAGUCAGCGGGCUUGUUGAAUACUCCGAGGCGCACGGAAACCUUCAACCUAUCUCGCCGCACGCACUCUCCGUAUCCCCAGAUGGUCAUGUUCUUUGCACACUCGACACUGCGUCUCGCGCGGGUCCCGGAGGCGGAGGCCGCGAUUUGUUGGCCUGGGGAAACAACUACGAGCGUCAGCUGGGCAAUGGCAAGCGGUCGAGUGUGGCCGUACCGGAGAAUGUCCACGUUACGCCGGGCGGGCCGCGAUAUGUGCUGAGGAGUACGAAGGCUAAGGAGGUCAGGGAUUUGGCUGGGCGUGUGUGGGGUCGUGGAGUUAAGGUUGAGCAAGUUGCGCUUGCAGGGGUUGGGAAUAGCGUGGUCUAUUGGAAGUUGGUUUGA